AUGGGUUGUGUGACUUCGAAGCAGCACAAGCAGCGAUGCAAGCACUGCCAAGCUCCGUAUUCCCCAGUGCCCAGAAGCUACUCGAUGCACGUAAUCCACCCGCCGCAGUACAAAUCCGACAGCUACCAUUUGGUAGCCCUAACUUCCUCAACUCUCGGCUCUCUCAAGCUCGAGACGGUGAACGACGGAGGCCAGGUCGAUUCUCCCAAUAAUGACACCACCGCAGCCACCGGCGUCAGCAAUGAAGAUUGGUUAAUACCGGAGACAAUUAAGAGCAAAGAAGAGUUCGCAAUGGGGCUAAUCGAAGCCAAGACCUGGUCCAAAAUGAUCGACGAGAAGAUCCCACGAGUCCCCAAUCAUCAUCCCAAAACCCCAAUCAUGACUCCACCGGGAGAGCCAGAGACGAUCAACACCUGGGAAUUAAUGGAAGGGCUAGAAGAAGAUCGUUUCACCAGCCCUUGCAGAUUACCCAACCACAUUCGAAGCUUCUCGUUCGAUGUCACCCGCGAAGCCACAGACAUCGUUGUCGACAGCCCCAAACUAAGCUUCAAUCAUCAGGUAAACGCCACUCGUUUUAAAGUCGGAUCAAUCGAUGAAACAGAAGCAGAAGCAGAAGCAGAAGAGGAAGAAGCAAUUGAUAAGAAGCCGCAUUUGGGAAAAGGUGGGAAGGACUACUUCGAUUCGAACAUCAUCUCGAUGUUCAGGAAGUCGAUGCAGGAGCUCUCCCCAAGCCACCCUUACCAUUUGAAGAAGCCCGCGAAAGAGAAAGACAGAGUGAUCGUCUACUUCACGAGCCUGCGCGGGGUGAGGAAGACGUACGAGGACAGUUGCUACGUGAGGGUGAUCCUGAAAGGAACAGGCGUUAGAGUGGACGAACGAGAUGUAUCGAUGCACUCGGGGUUCAAGGAAGAGCUGAAGCAGCUGUUGGGAGGCUGUGGUGGAGGGUUUAGCUUGCCAAGGGUGUUCAUUGGGAAGAAGUACAUUGGCGGGGCAGAGGAGGUACGACGGUUGCACGAGGAAGGGCAGCUCGAGAAGGCGGUGGAAGGGUGCGAGCAGGCCGAGGCAGAGGAUGGUUGUGGUGGGAGUUGUGAGGCUUGUGGGGAUAUAAGGUUUGUGCCUUGUGAGACUUGUAAUGGGAGUUGUAAGAUAUACUAUGAAGAGGAGGAAGAAGAAGAAGAGGAACUAGAGGAUGAUGAAGAAGGGUUGGAAGGAGAAGAGGGGAUUAAUGGUGGUGAUUAUGGGUUUCAGAGGUGUCCUGAUUGCAAUGAGAAUGGACUAAUUCGAUGCCCAAUCUGCUGCUAUUGA